AUGAGGCUCCAAAACCACUCGCUUCCUAAACCAGAGUUGGAGUUGGAGUAUAAUGACAAACAUGUGCCCAUGGAUGAGGCUCACGUCUCUGAAGCCAUUUGUUCUGUGACAGAUGAACUUGCCGGCUGUUGGAAAGGAAUUUUGAACACCCCAUUAACUCUUGUCGUGAAGAAGAAUGAUGUUCUUGAUCUCACCAUGAUCGAUCUUCCCGGCAUUACGCGAGUGCCUAUUCAAGGUCAACCUUUGGAUAUAUAUGACCAGGUUGUGAAUACUAUUAUGGAGUAUAUAAAGCAUGAGGAAAGCAUUAUUCUCAAUGUUUUAUCUGUCAUUGUUGAUUUCUCAACUUGUGAGUCCAUUAGGAUGUCACAUAGUGUUGACAAAACGGGAGCGAGGACUCUUGCUGUUGUCACAAAAGUUGAUAUGUUCCCGGAGGGACUGUGUGGUAAGGUAAAUGCGGAUGAUGUGAACAUCAGUCAUGGCUAUGUAUGUGUAAGAAAUCGCAUUGGAGAUGAGUCCUACGAAGAAGCUCGUGAAGAAGAAGCCAAAUUAUUCAAGACACACAAGCUUUUAUCCAACAUUGACAAGUCCGUUAUUGGUAUUCCGGUUUUGGCAAAGAAGUUGGUUCAGCUUUAA